ACAGAUUGAGAACACAGUGUUUGCUCAAGUUAAACUUACAGAUAGAAAAAUGUAGCUAUCAGGGGACUAAAAACCAAAAGAUCUUUGCUGUUUAAUGAAGACAGUAGAAUAUCUCCUGUUUUGGCUGGCUUGUCUACAACCUAAAUAACUGGUUUAGAUCUCAUUUGGAAUUCCUGGUUUCUUGUUUUAGCAUGGCGGAACUUGCUGUUCACAGAAUCCUUCUUUUGGUUAUUUCACUGACAAAGUGUCUGGAGGGUACAAAACUGCUGGCAGAACUUAAAAAAUGUGGUGACCUGGAAUGUGAAACUUUAAUAAGCAGAGUUGUAGCCAUGAGAGAUUACACAGGACCUGAUUGCCUAUUCCUGAAUUUCACUAAGGGAGAAGAAAUAUCUGUUUAUGCUAAACUUGCAGGACAAAGAGAAGAUUUGUGGGCAGGAAGUAAAGGAAAGAACUUUGGGUUUUUUCCCAGAGAUGCAGUCCAGAUUGAAGAGGUAUUCGUAUCUGAAGAGGUUGAAAUAUCAACUAAAGAAUCUGACUUUCUUUGUCUCCUUGGAGUAAGUUACGUAUUUGAAAAUAAAGAUAGGGAGUUUAACAGUCACAGUGGUGAAAAUAUGUAUCCAUAUGAAGAAGAGCAAAAAUAUAGUAUAUAUGGAAGUGAUUUCCAGAUAGAAUCUGAAUUUUAUGCAAUUUCUGAAGGCCAAUUUCCCACAUCAGAGUCUUCUGAAGAUAUUAGAAAUGACUGGGAAGAAGCCAAAACUGGAAGUGUGAAACAGGAUCACGUUCCAGAAGUGGAUCAUAUCUCAUCACCCUUAACUGAAGUACAAGGAUGGUUUGGACUGAGAAAGGAACAUGGUGAAGAAAAGCCUCUUGAAUCAGUCAUUGAACCUGUGCAAGGAAGCUCAUUUCAAAGUAGAAAAAUAACAGGGGGAGAUGAAAAUAACCUAGAGGAAUUAAAUAAUGGUGAGCCCCGAACUGAACAUAAGCGAGAACCUGAAUCAGAAUUUGAUUCAGUACCAAAGCAACAGUUGGCACUAGCACUGGAGUCAGAGCAUGUACUCAAACCCCAAGCCAAUGGUUGGUUUGGUGGUGAAUUUACAAGUAAAUCUGACCACGAUAAUGAACAGGAAAUAAAAAUGAUAAAAACUAUGGAAACAGAGGAUCAAAUAGAUAAGGAAAAAGUCUUAGAGAAAACAGAUGAUUCUUACACCAUAGCAUAUUUUACAAAGUUAUUCUAUAAUUUUGAUAACCCUUGGAGCUUCCAGAACAUUCCAAAGGAAACAGAGUUGCCAUUUCCCAAACAGAUACUGGAUCAAAGUAAUAUGGUUGAAAAUAAUGAAAGAGAAGAAUUUUCUGGAGAAAAUGAUCCUAGAGAUAAUAUGAAAGAUCUCACAAUGUUGAAAAACAGAUAUUAUCAAUCAGAUAUGAUCGCUCAAAUAAAGUUACCUAUGAAAAUUCAUGAAGAAGUAUUUUUUGAAACCUCAUCUAAAAAUGAUGAAAAAUCAAAACCAUCAGUGGACUUUGAAGGAUCUGCUCAGGUGGAAAUAGACAGAUCCAUGGAAAAUCCCCUGUUAAACAGCCAGAUGGUUUUAACUGAUAGCUCUUUGUCUUCUCAAAAUUACAUUCCUCUAAAUGAAAAUGCUACUGAGUUUCAGAUUCUGAAAUACAUAUUUCAAAUUAAUGUUUAUGAGUUCGUGAAUUCUGCACUUUCACUGGUUAUAAUUCUUACAGAAAGGGUUGUGGAAGCAUUGCCUGAAGAUAUGAGACCAGGCCCUAAUCCUUAUGGCCUUCCGUGGGAGUUGGUGAUUUGUGCAGCUAUUGGAUUUUUAGCUAUUUUCUUGUUUUUGUGGAGAAGUUUUAAAUCUGUUAGAAGCCGGCUUUACAUGGGAAGAGAAAAAAAGCUUGCUCUAAAACUUUCUGGACUAAUUAAAGAAAAAUGUGAACUACUUGAAAAAAUUAGCCUUGUUCAAAAAGAGUAUGAAGGCUUAGAGUCAUCUUUAAAGGAUACCAGUUUUGAGAAGGAGUCAACAGAAGCACAAAGUUUGGAGGCAACAUAUGAAAAGCUGGAUAGGUCCAAGUCUAAACUUGAGGAUGAAAUACUCUUUCUAGAAAAAGAGCUAAAAGAAGAGAAAUCUAAACAUUCUGAACAGGAUGAAUUGAUGGCAGAUAUAUCAAAAAGGAUACAGUCCCUAGAAGAUGAAUCAAAAUCUCUCAAAUCACAAAUAGCUGAAGCUAAAACAACCUUGAAAAUAUUUCAAAUGAAUGAAGAACGACUUAAGGUAGCAAUGAAAGAGGCUUUGAAUGAAAAUUCCCAACUUCAGGAAGGUCAGAAACAGCUUUUGCAAGAAGCUGAAGUGUGGAAAGAACAAGUGAGUGACCUUAAUAAACAGAAAAUUACAUUUGAAGAAUCUAAAGUACAUGCAGAACAAGUUCUAAAUGAUAAAGAAAAUCACAUUAAGUCUCUGAUUGAAUGCUUGCUAAAGAUGGAAGACUGGGGUGCUGUGCUUGGAGAAGACCUAACAGAUGAUGGUAACUUGGAAUUGGAAAUGAACAGUGAAUCAGAAGUUGGUGCUUACUUAGACAGGCGUAUAUGUGAGCCUCGCCAGGCCACCUCUCUGUCAUCAGAAGAGAUCUCCCUUAACCGGAUACCAGAUGUUAUAAAGGCACCACUUACCUAUGGAGGCCUCCUCCACCAGGUGCUUGCUGAUAGUUUUAGUGUGGCAGUUCACUGCAGUGCUCCGGGGACUGAAGGCUCACUCCGAGGCCUUGGAACAUCUCAAGAUAAUCAGCCAAAAGGAGCUUUGAAGAAAGUGGUUUAUGCUGCUAAGUUAAAUGCCUCCUUAAAAACCUUAGAAGUAGAAAGAAAUCAAAUUUAUACUCAAUUAUCUGAAGUAGAUAAAACAAAGGAAGACCUUACAGAACAUAUUAAAAAUCUUCAGACUGAGCAAGCAUCUUUGCAGUCAGAAUAUACACAGUUUGAAAGUGAGAAUCAGAAGCUUCAGCAGAAACUUAAAGUAAUGACUGAACUAUAUCAAGAACAUGAAAUGAAACUCCACAGGAAAUUAACAGUAGAGGAAAAUUACCGGUUAGAGAAAGAGGAGAAGCUUUCCAAAGUGGAUGAAAAGAUCAGCCGUGCAGCUGAAGAACUGGAGACCUAUAGAAAGCGAGCCAAAGAUCUUGAGGAAGAAUUGGAGAGAACCAUUCAUUCUUAUCAGGGGCAGAUUAUUUCCCAUGAGAAAAAAGCACAUGAUAAUUGGUUGGCAGCUCGGGCAGCUGAAAGAAACCUUAAUGAUUUAAGGAAAGAAAAUGCUCACAACAGACAAAAAUUAACUGAAACAGAGUUUAAGUUUGAACUUUUAGAAAAAGAUCCUUAUGCACUUGAUGUUCCAAAUACAACAUUUGGCAGAGAGCAUUCCCCAUAUGGUGCCUCACCAUUGGGUCGACCUUCAUCUGAAACGAGAGCUUUUCUCUCUCCUCCAACUUUGUUGGAGGGUCCACUCAGACUCUCACCUUUGCUUCCAGGGGGAGAAGGAAGAGGCUCAAGAGGCCCAAAGAAUCCUCUGGAUCAUCAGAUUAGCAAUGAAAGGGGAGAAUCAAGCCAUGAUAGGUUAACUGAUCCUCAUAGAGCACCUUCUGACACUGGGUCCUUGUCACCUCCAUGGGAACAGGAUCGUAGGAUGAUGAUCCCUCCACCAGGUCAACCAUAUUCUGAUCCACCUCUUCCUCCACAAAGGCAAGAUAGAUAUUAUUCUAAUUCUGGUAGAUUAUCUGGACCAGCAGAACUCAGAAGUUUUAAUAUGCCUUCUUUGGGUAAAGUGGAUGGGCCUAUGUCUUUAGAAAUGGAAUCCAGUACAAAUGAUACCAAAGAUGAUCUUGAUAAUUCAAAUGUGCCUGAUUCAUCUCUGCCUGCUGAAAACCAAGCAACUGGCUCUCGCUUUGGUUUUUCACCUCUUCCUCCAAUCCGAGGUCCAUUGUUUCCAGUGGACCCAAGGAGUCACUUCAUGAGAAGAGGACCUUCUUUUCCUCCACCUCCUCCACCUCCAGGAAACAUGUAUGGAGCAUCUAGAGAUUAUUUUCUACCUGGCCCACCACCCCCUCCAUUCCCAAUGAGAAAUGCUUAUUCACCGAGGGGUUUUCCUCAUUAUCUUCCCCCAAGAGCUGGAUAUUUCCCCUCACCCCCACAUUCUGAAAGUAGAAGUGAGUUCCCUUCAGGGUUGAUUCCGCCUUCAAAUGAGCCUGCUACUGAACAUCCAGAACCACAACAAGAAACCUGACAAUAUUUUUGAUCUCUCUUCAAAAUGGCAAAAGACAGAAGAUUAAAUAUUCUUGAACCACAGCAGUGAUGCUUUUAUAAUUGGAACACUUCAUGCUAGCAUUUCCCAGACGUUAUUUGGAACCCUGGUCUUGUGAAGUAUUUCUUUUCUUCUUCCAUUACCAUCCCCACCUUAGAGAAAAAGGGUAGAAAGAAAGAUUGGGUAAAUCUUGGGUAAAAUAAAUGCUUUGCGUAAAAUAUUAAGUGAAAUGAGAACUGUAGAAACAUGAUUACAUUAAAGUUUGUUUGCUGUGGUCUAAA